ACAUCUCCUGUGAAACUGCAUAUGGUACAUAAAUAUGCACAAGCUUGGAGAGCGCACACAGAAAUAAAAAAUAAUUACUGAGCACACUCACACUCCAUCGCCUGAGGGCAAAACUUUGCCAUGGAAUGGGUACGGUUCUAAAGAGAACCAAAUUCCUGCUGGUAAGAGAGCCACGUGUCCAAAGUUUGGCAUGUUUUGCCCUUCCUUAAACCCAAAACAGCCUUGGUAUUGAAUGACGCAUACCGUAGUCGCCUUCUGAUUAUUCUUUUUUUAAAAAUUAUAAAUGUUGCAUUCCUUUCGACACAAUUCAGAUCAACACUAAAGUUGGCUGCUUAAAAACUGCCUACAAAGACAUACUUAGAGUUCGACACAGCAUGCCUGCAGAAAGACGGAGAUAUACUUUGAAAUAAAUUCCCUUACAUUGAAAUCAAAUUCACUUCUUUUGUGUUGCGCUGGAAAAAGACCAAGUUCUCAGCCCUUUCACUUUCAACACUCUUUACUACUUCGCAUUUAAUAAGUCAUAAUUAGAUCUAGACCUAGAUAUAGAUCUAGUAAGAUACAUAAUUAAAUAGUGCACGGAUAAGCGUCAUUGACGAACGGGGAAUUUCUCGCUAUGACGUUUCAUUACAAUUUCACAUCUCAAAAACAAUGGCAGACCCUCCAUUUCAUUAGUAGGGGAAAAGUUCCUUCGCAAACAUCUUAGCAACUUAUUUUGGUUGGCAGCAGGCAGGUGAAGUCAGGUUUAGGAGGGUUUAGACAGGUACAGCCAACAGGACUAAUUGCCUUUUGUGAAUUCCAAAAGAAAGAAAUCUCUAGUUAGUUCUACCACAUCUCAAGAGCUUCUUAGAUCUAGAUAUCUAGAAUCUAAAUGUACAGACCUAGAUCUAGAACCUAGAUCUAAAAUCUAGAUCUAGAUAGAUCUAGAUCUACAUCUAGAUCUAGAUGGGUCUAAAUAGAUCAAAGUGUGCUACCAAAACAGGUUUGGGUCUGGUUUAGCAUAUCGCAAGUGUUUUGUCCUCUUGUGGAGAAGUGUUUUUUUAUAUUCAGAAUCGAUUCUUCUCUUAUCUCGAGCAGUAACCGCAAAAUAUGUUGUUGUGAGGAUCUACCAAACGUGGUCCUAGCUAUGAUGAGUGACGAAAGAAGGAUCGUGAGCCCAAGCCUUGGGAGGAGUAACAAAACUGUCAACUCUGACGAGUUCGUCUUAGAACAUGUCUUAGGGGUCACAUGCACCUCCCCUAAUGCCUUAGCUUCCAAUCAACUCACAGGCCACGUGGCCUUCCCGGCUGCGUGCAUGCUUGUUUUACUAAACCCGAGAACACAUGAACAAAAAUUUAUCGAGACACCGUCCACGACCCAGUGCAUCACCUGCACGGCUUUUUCUCCGGACGAUAGGCUCGUGGCGUUUGGUGAAAGCGGCUUAAAACCACAUGUGUCUGUGUGGAUGGUCAAAGAAUUCAAGCAAGUCAAUCAGUUCCUAGUGUGCCACACCCGAGGGGCGCGAGCUAUCGCUUUCCAUCCGAGGAAAACGCUUUUAGUUCUUCUGGGAUCACAGGAUCUGAUGGUGUCUGUCUACGAUUACAUCAAAGGCGAAAAGGCAGCUCAGUCGAGAUGGCAGACCAGUCCACGGGCCAUGACCAUACUCAAAGACGGUUCGUACGCGAUCGUGUGCGGCCAUCGGAAGAUCACUCUCUUCUCCAUGGAAGACGCUGGUUCCACAGAGUACGAGACAAACAUCCUGGAGGAAAAACGCGCAGUAUUGCUCGGGUGUCAGAGUGAGUAUACUUUCGUCGACAUCGUGAGCGGCAAGGGUAAGCACGAGAAAGAGGCGUACACCGUCACAGCGUGUGGAUACCUCUGUGAGAUGAAACUCGGGGGGAUUCUAAUUGACAAAGCCGCCAAGAUCGAUACCCAGUUAACGUGCGUGCGUUACGGCAUGGAUCUACUGUUCCUGGGGUGUCCAGAAGGAAUUGUCAAGAUCUGUUCUCCGGAUAAUCUCCAGAUCGUUGCCGCCGUGUCGCUCAAUGAAAUGCUCGGCCCUCAAACCAGGCCCAAGGUGGACUCCAUCCCGGAAGUGGUCACUUCGGCCAUCGCUGUGGACGAGAAGGACAGCAUUGUUACGUGUGUCUACUCGGACUGUAGCAUCUACUCCUGGCAGGUGAAGGGAACAGACGAGUCUAUCGAGUGCACGGCCAUCAUGCCGUCCUACUGCAGGAAGAGCGACGACGAGGCCGGCGAUGAAGGGAAAGACGAGGAGUCCUCGCUGAGCAACCUGCUGCACCGAGCCAGUCUACUCAGGCAGUUCAUCAGUAGCGGGGUCUCCGGGAAGACGCCGGCCAUUUCGGACCCCAAUGUUCUCGCUGCCAGGAAUCGUAAACACGGAUACAUGGGUGUCGUUGACAUUUUCAAGGAGGCCAGCCCGCAGUUUCAGAACGCGAAUGCGGUUCGAAUCUCUCCAAACGGCAAAGAUAUCAUCUGUGGGGAUGACCAGGGUGAGAUCAAAGUGUACGACGCCUCCACGGGGAUCAUCAAACGCGUCAUCGAGGCGCACACGUCACAGGUGACCUACAUUGAAGUAAUGUAUGACGACGAGUUCAAACUAAUCUGCACUGGAGGACGAGACAGGGUGAUCUUCAUCCUGGACGGGGAUAACGACUUCGGCCUGGUCCAGGUGCUGUGUGACCACUCGGCCGCCAUUACGGCCAUCAGCCUGGUCCACAACAGCGAACAGCUGACCCUAGUGUCUGCGGCCGCCGAUGGUGUGAUCCUCAUCAGGAGGUCUGUCAAGGCGGACAAGCUGCUCUUCUCUAUCACUGGACAGACUGAAACGUCCAAAGAGAUUUCGUAUGAGACUUACGUAUCGUGCGUCCGCGUUUGUCAACAUUUGAGCGUCGGCGAGAGCAGCGAAAGCGAAGCCAUCGGGAACACCAGCAAGACCACCCUCCAAACGCCCAGCAUCCAGUCUCUGAAUCUGCUGAACGCCACGCAAUCCCAGUCACGCUCCACGUACAACGAGGGCCCAGACAACGAGCGCGACAGCGAGAGCUACCUGGAGGAGGACGGCGACGGCUGCACCAGCAGCAGCUUCAUCAGCUGCAGCACCUGCGACCGCUCCAACUUCAGGAACGCCUACACCAGCUCAGACGCCAGCCUCAGGGUUAACUCCAUGCCCAACACCAGCUUCCAAGGCCUGCCGGACUCCGUGGUCGUGUCCAAGAACGUGACCCGUGACGCGUUGCACCCUGCGGGGAAGAUCCCCGUGCUGCUCAAGCCUCUAAACGAGGGCGGUUGUGGAGAAGGGGAGAUUGUCUCGGGUGUGGAGAAGAACGAUAACGAAGAGGUUCAGUCUAUUGAGAAAGAUCUCUCGGUGGAUAAAGAGGUCGGAGGGUUGUUUAUGAUGGAGAACGCGGAAGGCUUUAUGGGCGUAAUGAGGGGGUCUUCUUUUUCGACCGGUGACUCGUCCCCAGCCGUGCUGACGGCCAAAAACAGAGGUGGACACGCCAGGCUGACUUCUGACUCGAGUUGUGCAUCCAGAGUAGAAGAGAUUAGGGCAUGUUUUGAACAUCGCGUGGCAGACUUGUCGGGGGAGAAGGGUGCUUUCACUGACAGCGUUGGCGGCCACGACAGUUUUGGCACCGAGACGACCAACGCACUGUCUGGUGAGGUGAGCUUCCAGAGUCCCUACAGUACUGACCUCUGGGGGGCCGAAACGACAGUGACCAGCCACGACACCGACGCCAAAAAGGACAGUGUCACAGAGAACGGUUCGGUGCCAGACUCAGAGUCCAAAUCACCCUUCUUUGACCUGCACAGCUUUGACCUUGGCUCUGUGAUGACCUCUGACCUUUCCAGUAUCAUGAUCUCUGCCCAGGAGACCAGCCAUAGUGUCGUCUGCGAAGGAAAGAACGACAGCCGAGGAGGAAUACAAGGGUUGAUCUCAGUCGAGGACGAAGCUCUUGAGAGCAGUACCCAAGUCAGAAAGACGGUCAGCUCUUCUACAGAAGGCUCAUUAGACUACCAUACAGCUUCAAUAGAAUUUGAGGAGUUGAACGAGUUGAAGGAUGGUAAAGGGGAAUUGAAGCCGAGCACUAUGACGUCUCCUGAUCGUUUAAAUAAAAGGCAAAGAACUGAGGGGGCGGAGAGUAGUUCCCUAGUAGCAAAGAAUGGAACUGUUUGGAAAGUGAGCCCUUCGCAGAAGUAUCCGGCCCCUCCACCGGACUGGGAAGUGGAAGAAAUCACCAAGGAAGAUAUGACGAAACCGAACAGCUUCGUGAAGGAGGCGACACAAAUUAGUGUGUCCAGCAAACUACCUCCCCGGCCCAAGUCCAGCCCCUUGUUCCCCUCCCUCGCAGAUCUCGAAGCUCGGAUCCCCCCAAAACCAGGAUGCCCCUCAAAGUGGAAACAGCGGUUGGUCAAGGACUUCAUGGGGGACGAGUGGAUGUCGGGACUGUCCAGCUCUAUGAUGGCCGGCUCAGGGGCAUCGUCUCCCUCGGAGCUGCACAGACUGAAGGAGUGCCACAAGGAGCUCCUGCGCUGUAUGCAACUGUCCAACUCUCAGGAGACCUUCUACAAGCUGCGGCGCGAGAUCAGCGAGCAGUCCUUCAAGGAGCUCCUCACCAUCUCGCUCUUCAACGAAGUCUCCGAAGUAAGCGCAGGCCAGUCAGCGGUGGACACCAGGUCAAGUGAAGUGUCCGGGCAAUGCGAGUCCAGAGAAGAGCUCUCGUCGGUAGACAGGUCAUUCUGGGACAGGGAAAGCUUUCUGGGAUCCGACUCUACCAAUACCAGCUCAAUCAUGUUUAUGGACUCAUACACAGGGUCGUCGUCACGACAAAGCCAGGAUGAGUCUGAUUUGACCCCCACGCCAUCUCCCAUAAUCGGCUAUGCUGGGCCAAGGGACGCUGUACAGCGAGCUGAUGGUAAAAAGAGUAGACAGCAAUCGGCGCCGUCAAACGAUCAGAGAGCCUCUGAUAUCAUUAAGAUCAUGAAGGAAAUAUUAGCUAACAGAAAACAAGACAGCAGCCCAACAGUCCAGCAGGAGCAACCCGACAACGAUGGAAAACAGGAAGGCGAGAACCUCGUAGCUAAUAGAAAACCUGAAGACACCGUGGGGCAGGAACGCAUGUCCCCGGAAAAGACAAAGAACGACAAGAAAGACAAGAAAGAGGACCUGGAGGCCAGUGGCGAUCGUUCCCCUCGUCGGCAGAACACAGAGGCUCCCUCCUCCCCCACUCCGAGCCACGAGAACAUGUACCCAGCGUACGUCGAAGACACAGGACACUCCGCAGUCAACACCGACCGCGCCCCCUCCUCCUUCUCCCAGCGCUUCCUCCAGGAGCGAGCGGCCGGCUUCAGGAGGCCCCAGUCCCAGCCCAUGGCGGAUCGGGAACGACUUAACAGACUGGGGUUCCAGGUGAUCAACUCCCGCCAGGGGCACGCCAGCCACAACACGCCCAUCUUCGCGGGACAGGGGGAAGAGCCUUCAACGCAGCAUACACGAAGAUUCCAGUGUCCCAGCACGCCACUAUCUCGAGCGAGUCCUGUCCAGAAGAUCGACUGUUCCCGGCCCAGAGGGAUGAGCGCUGACUCUAAGCACACGGAUCGGAGACCCAAACGGUUGAUAGAGGCCAGCCUAUCUGACUUGAGCUCCUUCGGCAGAGAACAGGGGCCACAACCACAACCACAACCACAACCACAACCACAACAACAGCAGCAGCAGCAGCAGCAUUAUCAUGAACAGCGUCAACAGCAGCACCGGCUGCAACAGCAGCGGCAGAAGCAGCCGGCAGUCGGUGCAUACGGUAGUGUGGCUGUGGGUGUCAGGGAUGAGGCAGCGACUGGAAUGGGAGAUGACUCCAAAACCGGAGUCAAGGAUAAUGUGACCCCUGAAGGUCAUCAACAGACCACGGAUGCAUCCACAUCCGGAACUCAGGGAGAUUUUCAGCGCUACUCCUCGCCACUUGUCAAGCUAUUCAGAGACCAGGACGACUAUCUGCAGGCACACAAGGUAGAGAACAGAUGA